AUUACAUACUCUUUCCAAGGUUGGAAAAAUUUUAUUAAAUUAAUUAAAUAAUAUAAAAGGAAAAUAUGCUAUUAAAAGUUUACUCCUUGAUGGUAUUAAUGUUAGACUUAUUAACACUACUAUUCGGAAUAAUAAUAUCGAUAAUUGUCGCAUUUUACCGCACACUAAGACCACCGGCAAUGAAAAGCCUCUGCGGAGAAGUGGCUAUGGUAAUAGGAGCCGGCCGCGGCGUUGGACGCGAAAUAGCGUUUCAAUUAUGUCUGCUGGGUGUUAAAGUUGCUUGUAUUGAUAAAAAUGAUAAAAUGUGCAAAGCUACUGUCCAACAGGCUUCACGUGAUUCUGCUGUUAUUAAGCCCUAUAUUUGUGAUAUUACUGAUAAGGAACAAGUAGCAAAUACUGUAGAAUUAAUUCGUAAAGAUUUAGGAGAAGUAACAAUCCUAUUACACUGCUGUGGAGUACCAAGCUCGCGUUCUUUAAUUCAAAAGCCACCAGAUAUUAAAGAAGCUAUUGAUGUUGCCGUACUAAGUCAUUUUUGGCUUCUAGAGUCAAUACUACCCGGAAUGCAGCGCUUGGGCAAAGGCCACAUAGUCGCGCUGUCUUCAGUAGCCGGAUUUUCAGGAGCAGCGAGCCGCAGUGCUCGUGUUCCUUUUUCAACAGCCCAAUUCGCGAUCCAGGGAUUCACAGAGUCCCUCCAAGCCGAGCUGAGACAGUCCAACAGCAACAUUAUAAUCACUCUUGUCCACAUUUACCCUUUUAUCAUCGACAGCGAAACCGCUAAUGACAUUCGUCUGAGAAUACCAAGUUACUUUGGUACAAUGCCGGCAUCUGAAGCCGCCAGGAAAAUCCUAGAAGGUGUCAGAAGAAACUAUGCCGAGUUCAGUAUUCCUGGUUAUUUACUGUACCUCGGGCAUGUUCUCAGAAUCCUUCCAAAAAAGGCAUCGUUCAUGUUACGAGAUUUAUUGGACACAGGAGUUGAUUUUGGAUGAAAUUUAUUUAUUAUUUCCAUCAUUUGUAAUAAUAAUAUUUUUCUUAAAUAACUUAUACAUAAAUAAUUAAUACUUGUGUUUUACAAGACUGAUUAAUUAUUAAUAAAAAUAUUUUCGUAGAACUAUUAAUAAGUAAGACAAUUU